GAUGCCUCGUAUCUUGUUUUGUACAAAAUGAAAAACUUUGUGUGUUGAUCGUAAAAAUUGAAAAGUGAAAUAACAGGAAUUGUUUAAAUUGGGGUUUUAUCUGCAAUCUGUGAUAUUUAUUUAUAUUGUUGGAAAGAUAACCGGCGAGAUGUUAAAUCAAGCUGUUGUAGAAGCUUUAUAUUCUGCAACUUAUAUUGAAAAUUACUUAGAUUGCGUUGAAAAUCUUCCAAACGACAUUCAAAGGCAUGUUUCGCGAUUAAGAGAAUUGGAUGCUACUUGUCAAACAUACCUCAGAGAAGUUGAACAACAGCAAGAAUUAAUAAAAAUUGAUACAGAUGUAGUGAGCAAAAGAAGAGCAAUCCUACGAAUUCAGCAGGCCCUAAUAGCAGCUCAAGAAAUUGGCGAUGAAAAGUUACAAAUUGUUCAACAAAUUCAAGACCUUAUAGAAAAUAAAACUCGACAACUUGACCUUGAUUUCCGUAAUUUAGAUUUUGGUAAGGAACAAGAAAGUAAUGAGCCUACACGUGAAUCAAACUCUAAUGCAAACUCCGGAGCAACUGGAAACACGAAUAACGUUGAACGCCAACCGAAGAGAGCAAGAAGAACAAGAACAGAAGCUUUAGUAGAAUCAGCCCACGCUAUGGACAUGAUAGUAAUGUCAGAGAAUCGGUCAACAGCUCUUUCUAAUACAAGUAAUGGUAAUCAAAAGAAAACAACAGCUGCAGCUACAGGAAAGAAGAAAAAACGAAAGGCACGUCAAGGAAAUCAACAGAAUCAACAUCGUGAAGAUACUCCACCUCCUCCAGAGGAUGAUUUAGCUAUUGAUCCUGAUGAACCAACCUAUUGUCUUUGCGAUCAGAUCUCGUACGGUGAAAUGAUUCUUUGUGACAAUGAUUUAUGCCCUAUUGAAUGGUUCCACUUUUCAUGCGUAUCAUUAAGUACGAAACCUAAAGGAAAAUGGUUCUGUCCAAAGUGUCGAGGUGAUCGUCCGAACGUGAUGAAGCCAAAAGCACAAUUCCUUAAAGAAUUAGAAAGAUAUAACAAAGAGAAAGAAGAAAAAUCGUAGCAUUAGUAUUUUUUGGAGCAUGCAGAUUUUAUAUGAACUGAGACUUUGAUCUUUUCAAGAUUAAAAAAAAUAUCCACAACGAUGUAAUUGAAAAAGUGAAAUGAAAGGUACUGAUUUUUUUUAAUUGAUGAUCAAAAAAUAUGAGAAAUUAUUUAUAAGAAAUGUUAGAUAAUAAAUAUGUAUCAAUCAUCAAGUGUAAUGAUCAUAGUAAUUGAGAAAGUUAGUUUGUACUUUGGAAUAACUGUAAAAUAACAGUAUUAAUUUAAGGAUGGGUCAUCUUGUUUAACAAGGAAAUGUUUUAUAAAGGAGAUAAAAAUAUUAACGACAUAAUUAUUGUAAAUAAGCAUUACAUGUAUUUUAACAAAUUCAUAAAUCACAUA